CAAAGCUAAUUCCUUCGUCAGCAUCGGUUAUUUUGUCGUCCAGUCAAGCUGAGCGGAGGAAACGAGUGCGUGCAUGAGAAAUCUCGCUGUCGUUCGUACGGUUUGCGGAUUUCUCGGUUUUUCCCAGACGGAAUUAUUCGUGGAAUUGCAGGAACUGGUGUUCUAAGUUCUAACUUUGGAAUAUUUAUUUAAAUCGUCUUGCUCGGUUCCUGUACUCGAUGGCUGGAUUGUUAUCGAUUUCGUCGCGGAAUCUUCCGCGGAACGCCUUACGAGUCAGCCUCCGCUCACUGGAAUGUAGCAAUCAGCAGGUUAACAAAGUUGGUGGUUCAAGAUCCUAUCACCAGGGGUUUAACGUACUGCAAAAAUUCGUUCGAGCAACAGUCGGACAAACCCCAUCUGCUCAAAAUGCUGCUGCAACAAGUUCAAAAAGAUGGAUUCAGGCGGAACGAAACAUCUUCACUUCAGUCCGGUUGUUAAGUUCGGAAAUUGUCAAUGUGCCUCCAUUCGCCGAUUCGGUUUCGGAGGGUGAUGUGAAGUUCGAAAAGAAAGUUGGCGAUGCAAUUGCGGCCGACGAGAUCGUGAUGGAAAUUGAAACUGACAAAACCACGGUUGGUGUUCCCGCACCUGCCCACGGCAUCAUCGAGGAAAUUUUUGUUUCAGAUGGUGAUACCGUUAAGGCCGGUCAAAAGCUGUUCAAAAUGAAAGUUACUGGAGAAGCACCAAAAGCUGCAGCCAAACCUGCCCAAGAGGCUGCUCCGGCCGCUGCUGCUCCACCGCCACCACCACCACCACCUCCACCACCACCAGCAGCUGCAGCACCCGGUGCUCCAAGACCACCACCGCCGCCACCACCACCACCCGGUGGUCCACGGGCACCACCGCCACCACCACCAGCACGGCCGGCUGGUCCGAUUAGUAAAAUGCCUGUUGCUGCCAUACGCCACGCACAGGCCAUCGAAGCUGCCACGGUUAAGGUUCCACCGGCCGACUAUGCGAAGGAGAUCACCGGGACCCGAACCGAACAACGUGUUAAAAUGACUAGGAUGCGCUUGAAGAUCGCAUCCCGCUUGAAGGAGGCCCAAAAUACGAACGCAAUGUUGACAACCUUCAACGAGGUUGACAUGAGUUUCAUAAUGGAGUUCCGCAAGCAGCAUCUGGAGGCUUUCCAGAAAAAAUACGGUAUGAAGCUUGGAUUCAUGUCCGCGUUCUGCAAAGCUGCUGCUUAUGCCCUACAGGAUCAACCGGUGGUGAACGCCGUCAUCGAGGAAAAUGAAAUUGUCUACCGCGAUUAUGUCGAUAUUUCGGUUGCCGUCGCUUCACCGAAAGGUCUGGUCGUACCGGUGCUGAGAAACGUCGAAGGAAUGAAUUUUGCCGACAUCGAAAUUUCCAUCGCCGGACUGGCCGACAAAGCCAAGAAAGGUACGCUGGCUGUGGAAGACAUGGACGGUGGUACUUUCACUAUUUCGAACGGUGGGGUGUUCGGUUCGUUACUGGGAACUCCCAUCAUUAAUCCACCCCAGAGCGCGAUUCUCGGAAUGCAUGGAAUCUUCGAACGACCGAUUGCCGUUAAAGGACAGGUUGUUGUCCGGCCAAUGAUGUACGUUGCCCUGACUUACGAUCACCGAUUGAUCGAUGGUCGCGAGGCGGUGAUGUUCCUGCGAAAGGUCAAGGCGGCUGUUGAGGACCCACGCAUUAUUCUGGCCGGUAUUUAAGCUACUAAAAUCUGUUCUACUUAAUGCCUAGUGAACCCAGUCAGUCGAAGUAAUUAUUAUAUCACGGCAAAUCAGCAAAAAAUAGUGUCGACUACAUCAAUAGUAUCCAAACGAAGUAACAAUACAUUACUCAAAACGAGAAUCUUACAGCUAACCAACAUAAGAAGCAGAGAAUAAAAUCCACUUGUAAACUCUAAAGCCAGAAAAGCGGCUAGGGCUCUUUGUAGACUCGCACUGCUUUGCCGUUGUUUAUCCAUUGAACAAGUGAACACUUUGGUGCUUUUAAGGAAGACUUGGAACUGUUAUCGUUUUUGUUACAUGCAAUGUCGUUUAAGAAACUUCCUAUUCUGUCAUUAUUCAAGUACUGUAUCAUCCGAUUGCCAUUGUAUGUAGGAAAACAUAUUGAAACCGGCGGAAACAUACAUCACGGAAUGAUGUCAUACUUGCCAGCUGCGUUAUGUUUUAGACGGACAAGGUGGUUUAAAUUCGAACCAAUUUUUGCGCUAUAGUAUGUCACACUUUUCAGAAUUUAUACCAAUUUUAAGGAGAACGAACAUCUAAAUAAAUGAACAUGGUACCGAAAA